AUGGCUUCCCCCUCAAAGCAAAAUGUUGGUUCUUCUUCUCAGCAACAACAUCAACAAGAACAAGUUCAAGAGCAACAACGUGUUUCCCAGAAAACAUGUUUGAUUCCGUUGGAACAAUUAGAAGUUAUCUGCGAGUUGAUGGUGGAUUUCGAAAAUCUGGAAAAACAUGAUAUUCAUCUUACAGAGAACAUGGUUUUUCAAGGAUGGGGAGAUUUCUUCUAUGGUUUGUGUGGUCCAGUCUACCCAGAUUUAGUGAAGGAAUUCUGGGUACAUGCAACUGUAAUGCCUAAAGCCAUUCUCUCGAUAGUUCAUAGUGAACUUUUCUCCAUCACAGAGAAUCUUCUGAGGAAGUUGUUUGGUUUGGAAAACGCUGAAGGUGUUACUGAAGCAACUCCUGGAAGAGCUGAUUGGGAUGCUGUGUAUGCAAAAAUCUUCCAGAAUGGAAAGAAGUCUAAGGAAGUUAAGGAUUUGAAGACUCCUUACAAGAUUCCGGCUAAGAUUCUUCUGGGUUGCUUCUACCACAGAAAAUCUACAGUCUCUUCAAACUAUGUUAACAAGGACCAAUAA